ACGAAACGGGGAGGGACACACCUGAAUUUCUCAAAUUGAAAGUGUCGUUUUUAGUUGCACAACGUUUUGUUUUGCAACUGUUUGGGACUAAUGAUUACACUCCCGAUUGUGGUCUUUCUUGACGUCAUUUCUUUGCGCCCUGUCUGGGCGUGUGCGACGUUGUUGUCACUCCACUUGGCGCUCAGACGGAGGGUUAGCUAACGCGAAACAUCAAGUGUGUUUCUGUGGACGGUAGUGUAUCUGCUGCAGCAUGGAUUCUGUGCCAGAGCCCAGGCCAGUCAGACGUUCCCCUCGCACGUCAAAGUCACCGGAGAACAACGCAGCCAAAAAGGGUCGGAAGAAGACGGGCAACCUGCAGGAGACUCGGAGGAGAGGAAGAAUGGACAGAAGUAAAGGAGAAGAGGACAUAGCCAAUCAACUGAACAACCUGGAUCUGUGUAACGAGGCUUCAGCCACAGGGACUGGUCUGGUGUUUGACAACUUGUUCACACACCAUCGCUGUCUUUGGGAUCCCAGGUGAUUGUCAUGUUAUCUCAACCCUUUUCAUCUCUCCUUGCUGCUCCAGGU